AUGGCAGCUAGGGUUUACAACAAUCUCUUGGCCCUUUCUCAAUUAUUCGCCGUUUGUCUAUUUGCUUCCAUAGCCAAUGCAGUUCAUGAUUGGCACACACAAAACUGGUUGAACCACGGUGGGGAUUUGCAUAACAGAAGGUACGCCAAAUACGAAACUAAGAUCAGCCCUGAAACAGCUUCCAAACUACGCUUCAAGUGGGAGUUCAAUGCAGGCCUAGACAUAACUGUAACUCCAUCGGUUUACAAUGGUACUCUUUAUUUCCCGAGCUGGAAUGGACAUCUCUACGCCGUUAAAGCUUCGGAUGGGUCUCUAGUUUGGGAAAAGAAUCUAGGAACAUUAACCGGGCUUAAUGGAACUGGAUUGCUUAUUGGGAUUAAUUGGACACUAUCACGAUCAACCCCAACAAUUUCCGGCGAUAAUGAUGAGCUCUUGAUUGUUGGAAUCUAUGGCCCUGCCGUUCUUAUUGCCCUGGAACGAUCAACGGGGAAGCUCGUAUGGUCAGUCCGGCUAGAUAGCCACGUAGCAGGUGCUAUAACCAUGUCCCCAACUUAUAACGAAGGGAGCAUAUACAUUGGAACGACGUCAGCCGAAGAAGGCUUUAGCCCUGAUGAAUGUUGUACUUUCCGUGGAAGCUUUGCCAGAUUAGACGUCAAAACCGGUGCCGUUUUAUGGAAAACUUACAUGCUACAGGAUAAUCACGGAAAGAGGGGAGAGUAUUCCGGCGCAGCAAUAUGGGGAAGUAGUCCGUCCAUCCACGUCCAUAGAAGGCAUGUAUACAUCGCUACCGGGAACACGUACUCGGUUCCUGAAAAUAUAAGCCAAUGCCAAGAGAACCAGUUGAAUAAUAAUUCAACUGUACCUACUCAUCCAGAUGCGUGUAUUGAGCCUGGUAAUCAUGGCAACUCAAUCCUAGCUCUUGAUAUGGACACAGGCGAAAUCCAAUGGUACCGUCAGCUGGGUGGUUACGAUGUCUGGUUUGUAGCGUGUAUGCUUAAUACUUCAGUGUGCCCUAUUGGACCGAACGUCGAUGCUGAUUUUGGGGAAGCACCGAUGAUGCUUAGACCAUAUAUCAAUGGAACCAACCGAGAUGUAGUCGUUUCUGUUCAGAAAAGCGGGUUUGCUUGGGCUCUUGAUCGGAAUAAUGGCAGCCUUGUUUGGUCAACCGUAAGUUAA